UACCAAACUGAUAGUGAGUUCGCUGCAGUAAACAGGUGAAAAAAGUUAUAUAUGUGUACGGGCCCAAUUGGCCUUAAAAACCUGUAUCGGGGUCGAGCAAGACAAUCCGCAAAUCCUAUAUGAUCAGUGUUUAGUCGAGGAACUCGAAGACAACUAGUGUGAAGUCCACCCUGCUUCCAAAAGGGUGGGGACAAAUCCCACACAUACAUACACUUAUCAGGAGCAGCGCAGCUCGCCGAGUGAAGUGGAAAAUGUAUCCAAAGGAGUCCAAUGGCCGUUUUUGCGAGCAGAUAUGAACGGAAAUUGCCAAUUGACGACACCCAAGCGCUGAGCUGCGAGAUAACCGCUGUCCAGGAGGUCGCCGGACAUACGGAGUACCUGCUGCGCGUGUGGAGGGGCGCCAGCAACAAGGACUACUGGACCGUUCUGCGCCGCUACAAUGACUUCGACCGGCUGGACAAGUCUCUCCGCGUCUCCGGCAUCGAGCUGCCGCUGCCUCGCAAGCGCAUCUUUGGUAACAUGCGCCCGGAGUUCGUAGCUGAACGGAAGCAAGCCCUGCAAGUGUACAUAAACGCCGUACUAAUGAAUCCCAUAUUGGCCUCCUCGCUGCCAGCCAAGCGCUUCGUCGAUCCCGAGAGUUACUCGCAGUCCUUCCACGACCAUGCCGUGCAGAAUGCCAUGCUCUGCCUGCGAAACGACUCUACGUGGUCGCUGGGCGGAACCAUGGGCGCCAUAGGCUGGCGCCUCCGAAAGCACUACUUUAAGGUGACUACCAAGCCGCCGGAGAAGAGCCACAACAAGCAGCUGGUCAAGAGCGGCUCGCAAACCCAUCAGAGCAAGCAUUUCGCUGCUGGGAGCAGCAAUGGCAGCGGUCACUCCAUCGAUGCAGGAACCCUGGAUCCGGGGGCCGAGGUGGUGGCCGAGUGGCUCGAGUACGGGCCAGACAAGUUCGUCGACGAGAAGGAAAUCGGGGGCAUAAUGAAGAGCCUGAUGGGCCUCCAGCAUCCGCAUAUCGAGCCGGUGCUCCUGGCCGCCCACACUGAAAAUGGAUGCCUCGUUAUCAGGAAGUUCCAUAAGCACGGUACCCUGAAGGAUGUUUUGUGCAUGGCCGCAAACCCAAAGAAUCCCUUCCUCAGCAAGUACGGCAAUCCGAAGGGGCGCACUGCCCUCUCGAUGAAACAGGUUGCCACGUAUGGCAAGCAGAUCCUAGAGGCUCUCAUAUUUUUGCAUUCCAAGGGAUACGCAUAUGGUCAUCUCCAUUCCGGAAACAUAGUGAUAGUGGACGACUGUGUUAAGCUGCUGGACAUCGAGAACUUUUUACUGGGCGUGCCAGCAUUCUACCGGCCCUUUUUUAUGCAGCACAGCAAGAUCCAUGCCAUCGAGACUAUUGAUGUAUACUGCUUUGGUCACGUCCUCUUCGAAAUGGCCAUGGGCUAUCCGCUGCAGGAGUCUGUGGUGCGCCAGAUCACUGAAUGUCCAGAGGCGUUAAAAUGCCUGCUAGAGAGCAUUCUGUCCAAGGAAGCUUGCAAGGCUGGCCUACCAACAUUGGAGCAACUGCUGGGUCACAGAUUCUUCACGCAAUACGCUUCAAGUGAAAGCGCUGGCGCUGCUGCCAAUGCUGAGAAGCCGUACUUCAAGCUAUCCCUGAACGCCAAAGAGCUGCUAAAGCAGGCAGCCAUCAAGAGCGAGAACCGCCUGCGGGACGAACAGAAGUCGGUGAAGAACCAGAAGCGCAUCGUGCGCGUCCAGGAACUGAUGAGCUCCGAGGAGGAGAAACGCAAGUCCAAGCAAAAAGCAAAACUAGAGCACAAACAGUCGAAGCUAAAGCAGCAAGGUUCUAUCCAAACAAACAAUGGACGCUUGUCGCUUGUGGCUGCAACUGCAACAGCAGCUUCCUCCAGCACAGCGGUGGCUGGUGGGGCAGACUCCUUUAACCGCUCCGACAGCACUCCCGAGGAGCCCUUACUGGCCGGCAUCAAAUCACCACCGCUUACUCCGGGGCCGCACUUGGGCGCCAUAUAUCAGCAGGUGCCGGCGUCGCCAGGCGCCUCCGUGGAACGGCAAUCUUCGACUCCGAACAUGCUAGCUGAGGAUGCGGAGGACGGCGAUGGCGACGAGCCGACCCGCUCCGCUCUACUCGAGUCCAUCUGCAAGUUCAAUCGCGGGUCGCUGCGUAAAGUACGCUCCAACGACUAGCUGGGGUACUAAAAGAUUUAUAAACAUUACAAUUUUUGGACCAAAUGUGGCGUUAUGAAAUAACGGUGCAAUCAAAAAAUAACUCGGAAACUAAUCGAAUUCCAAAAGCUACAUUUUUAGAGGCAUAUUUGAAAAAAGAAAAACAAAAAAAAACAAAUCAGCAGAUCGAAGACACCGCUGAGCAUAGCAUAUACCCCAAAACAAUCCAGCAAUUACUAUAUGUACUAACGAAACCCACUGAUUAUAAUUAUUGCAUCUUAUACGUGUCCACUAUACAUUGCAUACGAUUUAUCGGCUAAAAGAAUAUGUCUAUUUAUGUAAACAAGUUACAUGUCACUCAUUUGCGAACAGACUCCCAGAUCGCAACUAAAGCUUUACCUAUGUGUCCACUACACGACUGAAACUAACUUUGGUACGAAUAUCUAAAAAUGAAAAACGGAAACAAAGAAUCUUAAACAAACAGAAAAUCGGGAAAGAAACGACAAGAAGAAAUUUCGUACUUUCCAAUAUUUACAUAAGUCUGCACCAAAAUUUGCACGGGACGAGACGCUAUUCUUUUAUAAGGCCCACUGGCCCAUAUAGUACAUGGAUAUGGAUGUUAGAUGUCUAAGAAACUGUUCCUCGGUGUUGUGCUAUCUCCACCAGUGCGUUUUUAUCGCCAAUUUUUAGUAGUUGUACUGCAGGUUUUGUAAAUUUGAGUUUUUUAUAUUUCGAAGAGCCACGAAUGUUUUUAAAACACUCAACUGUUCGUAAAAGUCUAGACAUACUCGGAGUCCUGGACUCAAAAUAGUUGGAACAAAAGACAAAGACAAGGAAAUGUGGCCAAGAAUUCGCACUGUUAUCGUUUUUCUUUUUAUAGACAAUUUAUUAGGUGUGUAUUUAACCGAAUCCAAAUUAUGUAUCGAGUAUAUUUAUAUUUGAAUAUGUGUAUAUACAUGUAAUUGAUGUUUUGUGGCCACAAGAGCACCCAGUAAUAACGUAAAUAUCGUAUUAUCAUCUA